AUGCUUCUCCUGUUGGGUAUUACGCUCAUUUUUGCGCCAAGUUCCACCAACUCCCUAAUGUGUCUUCAAUGUGGUGGGGCUAAAUAUGAGAAUUUGAUAAGAUUAUCAAGAGACAAGUGCUGUAACGCAACGCCAUUAAUGUGUGACAAGGGACAGGUUUGCCUACGAGCCCACGUGUAUUCACCAUACGGCAAUUUCUUUCUCUCCGGAUGUCAUACGGACGAGGAGAAUUUGAGUGGAUGCGAUUUUCACACACUUCCUCAUAAUUCGAGUGUACACCGAUGUGUUUGCAAAGACUCUGAAUGCCAGAAUAAAUUUCCUGGAGAUUGUUCUGUCGAAGGAAUUUCUGUUCUGAGAACUACGAAAAUGUCAUCCAAUGCAAUUUUGAUGGAGCUUGAAAGGGAGCGCGACCGACGCAUCUUGUCAAUUCAAAGCCAUGUCGUCCAUGGAUACGCCGGCAAUAAGUGUUCGGUGUUCCCGCUUCAACUUCACGGCUUCGAAGUCGACUUCAUCAACAGCGUACAAUUCUCGAAUCACGCCGGUACUAUCGAAUUCUUGUCCCUUGCUCCAAGAUAUGCGAAUGUCAAAGGACAACGACUGGACGCAAAGGAUCUUGAAGAACUUUAUGAGGGACUCAAAUUAAACAAUAUUAACAAUUAUUCUCAUAUUCUAACAGGAUAUUGUGGAAAUGUUACAUUCCUUGAAAAGAUUGUUGAUGUUGUCAAAGAUAUAAAAGAAAAGAAUCCAGACUCGAUUUUCAUUUGUGAUCCAGUGUUGGGCGAUAAUGGUAGAUAUUAUACACCACUAGAAUUGAUGCCAGUAUAUCGUGAUGCGGUUUUACCGCUAGCAGAUGUAUUAACACCUAACGCUUUCGAAUUGGGUGAACUCACGGGGUAUGUGGUGAACACUGAAAAUGAAUGCUUGAAAGCCAUCAAUGCGUUGCACAAGAAGGGAAUUCGCACAAUUGUUGUAACUAGCGGAGUAACAAACGCUCAGACUGAAACCACUCUGAGAUGUUACGCGAGUGUUUGGGAGAAUGGCUCAAAUUCGUCUUAUCGAUUUACAUUCCCACGACUAUUAGGAGCCUUUGUUGGAACUGGAGAUGUGUUCGCUAGCCUGUUGCUUGUUUGGCUUGAAGAAUCAAGAUACGACAUUGCUAUUGCCGUAAAAAAUACGCUCGGAUGUAUGCAGGCUCUGAUAAAAAAAACAAGUGAAUAUGCCCAAGGUCAAUGCGAUUCAAACUCCAAGGCUACUUGUGAGUUGCGUCUUAUUCAAUCCAGAAAAGAACUUUUAUGGCCUCCGAACACCGAAAAUAUUUCUGUUGAAAUAAUAGAAUAA